AUGCCUCGCCUCAACGCGUCCUUUGAGGACGCUAUUCGUGUCACUCCACUCGGCAAUAACAAAUACAGCGCCAAUCUCCGCCCAGAAUGGUGCAUUGGAACCGUGCCUCACGGCGGCUACACAACAGCAGUUCUCUACAAUCUCGCCCUGACACACUUCGCCCACGCCCAUCCAAAGCAAUACGACACCCCCGCAUCCCCAAUCUCCCUCCAACUCUCCUUCCUCCGUCGCACAGCCGCCGGCCCCGCGACCCUCGAAGUCGAAGAUGUAAAGAUCGGCGCGCGAACGAGCACAAUCCACAUCAAGCUUCUCCAACCUUCAGAGAAAAAACCAGAUCAACUGCACGUCAACGUCGCCGGCUACAUCACCGUUAGCCCGCCCAGCGCGGAGGUCGGCAUCAAUGCGAGCACCGGGUGGAAACCGUUCCCCGCCCCGCCACCAGGCUCCCUUCCUGGUGGGAAAAUAGAUCUCCCCGCUCUGGCGCGCACAGGCAAAGACGGCGCAUGGGUAAAACUCGAUAUUCCUUUCCCUGAAUUCCGCCGCGCAUCCGCACAGUUGGAGCUCUUCGGACCUGGUAGGGGCGAGGCUCAGCAGCAGCGCACGGGAACCAUGGGCAUCGACCAGUGGGCUCGGUUCCAGCCUGGCGGCGACAAGAAUGGUCGCUGGACUGAUGCGGCGGUCGUCUAUUUGCUUGAUAUGUUCCCCAUGGCGCUGGAUGGGUUCGAUACCAUGUCUGCGACGGCGGUGGCCAAGGCGAAGGGAGAGCCUGUGCCGGAGAAUAUGGCUAAGUUUUGGUAUCCGACUGUCACGUUGAAUAUUGAUAUGAAGAAGCAUUUGCCUAAGGAGGGUCGGAUUGUGACUAAGGUUGUGCGGGACGGACGAACGGAUUUGGAUGUUACUGUGCUAGAUGAGAAUGGGGAGGUUAUUGCGUUGAGUACUCAGGUUGGACUUGUUGUGAGUGCGAGUCGGAAUGUUGGGUCGAGGAAGAUGGAGAAGCUGUAG